AUGCAAACCAACGAACUACACUACCUUACGGUAAGCGACGCCGCAUCUCUAAUCGAAUCAAGGCAGCUUUCCCCGGUCGAACUCGUCGAGGCGCACCUUGAGCGCAUCGAGCAGACGGACGAGCGCCUGAAUUCGUUCGUCACCCUGCUUGCGGACGAGGCAAGGUCAGCGGCUGCGGACGCCGAGUCAGCAAUACAAGGCGGCGGCUAUCUCGGUCCGCUGCACGGCAUACCCAUUGGCUUGAAGGACCUGUACUACACGAAAGGCAUUCGCACGACCGUCGGCUCCAAAAUCAUGGGCGACUUCAUUCCGGACUAUGACGCCGCAGUAACGGAGCGAUUCCGCGAUGCCGGCGCUAUCCUGCUCGGCAAGCUGCAAAUGCACGAGUUCGCGCUCGGCGCAACAAGCGAAAAUCCGCAUCACGGCCCCGCGCGCAACCCUGGCGGUUCAAGCGGCGGCUCCGGCGCUGCCGUCGCUUCGGGACAGUGCAUGGCGGCGCUCGGCAGCGACACCGGCGGCUCUGUGCGUAUCCCGUCGUCCGCCUGCGGCAUCGUAGGGCUGAAGCCCACCUUCGGCAGAGUCAGCAGACGCGGCGUAUUCCCACUGUCUAACAGCCUCGACACGGUAGGUCCGAUGACGCGCACCGUCACAGACAAUGCAAUCGUCAUGAAUGUCAUUGCUGGCUACGACGAACGCGACCAAUCCUGCGCCAACCGACCCGACGAGGACUUCACUCGCUUGCUCGGUCAGGACAUUUCCGGCUUGCGGAUUGGUGUGCCGCAGGACUACUUCUACGACAUGAUUGACGAUGAAGUGCGCGCAGCCGUCCAGCAAGCGGCACGAACGCUUGAAGGUCUAGGCGCGCAAGUCGAGGAAUGCUCCAUCCCCGCGCUCAACGACUCCAUAAGCAUAUCCGGCGCUAUCCUGCUCACGGAAGCGGCGGAGAUACACCUCGACAACCUGCGCGAACGCCCGGACGACUUCGGCUCCGACGUGCGCGGACGCCUCGAAGAGGGCGCUAUGACCCCGGCGGUCAGCUACAUCGCUGCACAGCGCGCCCGCACCGAGUUCAACCGCGCCAUUGCGGAGGCGAUGAAGACCUACGACAUCCUGCUCGCGCCCACUAACGCAGUUCCUGCGCCCAGAAUAGGCGAGAAUGUCGUCGAGGUCGGAGGAGUCACAGAGGCGAAGCUCGCACUGAUGCCGCGCCUGACGCGCCCGCACAACAUCUGUGGCAUACCGACAAUAUCAGUCCCCUGCGGAUUCAGCUCCGAAGGGCUGCCAAUCGGCGUGCAGCUUGCCGCCCGCCCAUUUGAGGACGCCCUAGCGCUUCAGGUCGCCUACGCCUACGAGCAGGCAACCGAUUGGCACUCGCAGCGUCCGCCUGUCUAA